AUGGAAGGAAAACGGACAGCUAGCACAAGUGCCGGGAAGUACACCGUCCAGCAGCUAAAGCGCGGGCGGUUCUUUGUCUUGGUGACGUGCGACGUGCACCACUGUGGCUUUGUUGCCGGGGCGGGCCUUGCAGUUGGCAGCGAAGAUGCAAAGCAAUUGGCUGCCCAGCAAGCUCUGGAUCGAUUGUUUUUCCCAGACAGACCGGUGGAGGAGAUCCGACGCUGUGCAAACGCAGUGCGAAAUAACGAAGCUCAUUCCGGAGCGCGCUUGCCGGCGAUCCAAGCAGCGGAGACGCUGGUUUCGUUGGAGGGCAAGCUGGAGGAUGUCUUCAUCAGUGCCUUCCAGCCUUGCGGCAAGGCCUGGCAAGCUGCGAUCGCUUGCAAAUGCUUUGAGACCCAUGUGGUGGGCCCGGCCGCUGACUACGACCGUGACGUUGCCGUCGCUCUCGCAGCGGAAACGUUUAUGAGCCGCUUGCGCUGGUACAUUCGCGUGCCGGCAGGCGAUCCCCAUGAGCCAGAGUUGUGGAGCCAGACUUGGGCUCAGCGGCAGGCGUCCAUGGGUCAGCCAUGGAGUGGAAGGACGAGUGUCCUGAGACACGAGGUCCUCCGCCUCUCGCCGCUUGGGGGUCACAUGGGCGGCGAGGACGAAGUGCGACGAAUGCUGCCCACGGAAGCCAACUGGAAGCUGUGGCAAACAAAUCUGAAAUCUAUCCAGGACAGGAGAUGUACAAGGUGGGCAGCUGAACAGCUCUACGAAGGAGCCGAGACCCCCUCAGCAGAUGCAGCGACGUUCCGGCAUUUUCGCCGACUCCCUGAAGCGAACGACCCAAGACGGGCUGAUGUUCGUGGCAAGCUUCCCAUCGAACAGAUUCGGGACAGCUUGGGAGAGGUGCUGAAUUCGUCUCAAGUGUUGGUUGUGUCUGGUGGUACCGGAAGCGGCAAGACGACCCAGCUCCCGCAAUUUCUCCUGGACGACUGGGAUGCGGAGCAUGCGCCGAGGAUUGUAGUCACGCAGCCGCGCCGGAUUGCCGCAAUUUCUGUGGCAGAGCGUGUGGCCUGGGAGCGUGGGCAGCAGGUCAGAAGCUCAGCAAAGGCCGCAAAAAUUGGUCAAAGGCAAGUGCGGGCAAGCAAGAACGAAGUCUCCUCCACACCUCAGGUCGGACAAUCCAUUGGUUAUGCCGUGCAUGGGAAUGCUAUACGGCCUUCUGCCAGGGGGUCAAUCGAAUUCUUAACGGUAGGAACCUUGCUCCGGCGAGCAGUUGACGACUCCUGCUUGCGAAACUGCGAUGUGGUCAUCGUGGACGAAGUUCACGAGCGCGACAUGCUAACGGACUUCCUUCUGGUGUUGCUGCGCGAGGUGCUGCCAAGCAGGCCAGAUCUGAAGCUCGUGCUGAUGAGCGCCACGCUGGAUGUGCAGUCCUUUACCAGCUAUUUCGACUCUUGUCCUGUUCUCGAGGUCCAGUCCGAGACGCUGUUCCCAGUCGAGGAGGUGCAUCUGGAAGAAGAUUUCUUCUCGGAGUUCACCUAUACGAAUGCACUACUGACAGCAGAGGAUCGGGCUCGUCAGGCGGCAGAGCAAAAUGAGACCCAGGAGGGUGAGGACACCGACCGGGAAAGCCCAGCACAAAGGUUGUGGGGCGGAUACGAUGGUGGGGAGAUCGACAAACUUCUUCAGGUGAUGGAAUCAUCCAUUUGCGCGAUUGUGCGGGAGAUGUCCAGCAGGAACAGCCAAGACGUGAAAGGCUCUGUGCUCUGCUUCCUACCUGGCUGGUCUGAAAUCAGGCAGAUCCAAGAACGGCUGAGCGAAGGAGAGGAAGCCAAACAGAUCUGGGCCGUGCCCUUGCACUCGACCUUGCCCAAGGAGAGACAGCAGCAAGUUUUCCAAAAGCCGCCAAAAAGCAAAGUGAAAGUCAUCCUGGCCACGAACAUCGCAGAGAGCUCCGUGACAAUCAAUGAUGUGGAAGUUGUAAUUGACUCGGGGCUCCAGCGUGAGUUGGCUUACGACCCCAAGCGGCGCAUGUCAUCGCUGGACACUGUAUGGGUCUCGCAAAGUGGUGCCGUACAAAGACGAGGUCGUGCCGGGCGUGUACGAUCGGGGAGGGUUCUGCGACUGUACAGCCGCCAGCAGUUUUCGGCGCUCCCACCACAGCCUUCACCGGAGAUGCAGCGCUGUGACCUCGCCCAAAGCUGCCUUCAGGCUAUCGCGCUGGGGCGGGACCCACGUAAGUUCCUCGCAAGUGCCCUGGACCAGCCAAACAUUGCGGCAGUGGAUUCAGCGAUGGAACAGCUCGUGGCCAUCCGCGCCAUUAGCAACUCCGACCCUGAAGAUUGCCCUACAAUGCUGGCAAUUGGAGAGGUGCUGGCCAGGCUACCACUGGAGCCAUUGCUGGGAAGAGCUGCGAUGCUUGGUUGUGUGCUGGGCAUUCCAAAGCCAGCUGCUGCGCUCUUGGUAGCAGCUGGCGGCCGGGCGCCUUUCGUUGGAAGCAGACAGCAGGUGGUCGAAGCUCAAAAAGAGUUUUGCAGCUGGUCUGAUCCAGUGGCUGCUGCUCGAGCCCUCCUGGCCUGGGAGGAGCGUGCUGCCAAAGACGAAGCAGCAGCCCAGAAAUGGGCCGAAAUGAAGCGGCUCAGUCCCAGCAGAUUGGCCGGACUCGCACGCGACAAGGCAUACCUUCUGCGGGACAUGCAGCGCGCGGGAUUGCUGCGCUUGACGCCCGUCACAGGUGGGAAGCUGGGUUUCGAUCUCACGGCCGCAGAGGACAGCGCCGCCUUGCUCGAGACGCGCGGGGAACUCGAAGAGGCACUCGAGAAAGUGGAACAAGAGGAGCACGAUCAAAGACAGGAUAUGUCCUCAUCGUCCAGUGCCAGUUCAAUCAGUGACAUCCAGCUUGUGACAGUUCUUUGCAGCGCCUACCCGGCAAACAUUGCCAUGAGGUCCAAGGACAAACACUCGAGCUUUCAGAUCAGCAACCUGGGGUCUGCUGUCAUGUCGCCGGCCUCCGUCAACGCCGAAGGCGAGGAUGGCCUAUGGUGGCUGUAUGGAGAUGUGCAGGUGGGAGCCAACCGGUCUUUCAUGCACAGCACCACCCAAGUAGAAGACUGGCAGCUCGCGCUGUUUGGCGGCCUGCGAUACAAGGAGUCCGACGACCAGAAGAAGCACACCUGCAUGGUUUUGGACAACUGGUUGCAGGUAGGAGCCCGAGUGAAGCGCACGAACGAGUUACUUCUCCGGCUGCGGCAGCUGGUCAAUGAUGCGAUUGCAUGGAAAGCUCUCGAUGCUCUCGACGGAACCGAAAACCAAACGGUCAGCGGCCGCAAGGACGAUCUUGUGAGCCGGCUGUACAACGAAAGCGCGGGUGUCGGUGCAGCACUUGGCGUGGCUAAGUGCAGGCGAUGGCAGAUGAGGACAUCACCGUCCGGGCCAGACUCCGUGCCCGGUGAACACAGGAUGGACAUCCUGACCGCAGGAGAUGGCUUGAUGAUCCAGGGAGAUGACUGCGACAGUUGGAAGGAGCCGACGCCCGAGGAGCGCGAGCACGUCUCCCACUUCCUGAAGCAGGAAAAGAUGACCGGGGAGAAGAGGAAGAGUCUCCGCGUGGGCUUUGGAAGGGUUGGCUUCAACAGCCACGGCGUUUUCGUUCUCAGCAACCAUGUGAAACGAUACUUUGGCAUCAAGAAGUCGCAUGCAAACGUGCUCCUGCUCAACGCAGUGCCAGAGGCUGUUCCAAAGCUGGAAGCCCAAUCUGGCGCCGAGAACAACGGGCUCCUGGGAGCCUUAGCUCGAAGCAUGGCCACCGUUGGCGACGAGGUUCGCACGACCUUCUUGAGGGCCACCUUCGCCCGUGCAGACAGGAACAACAACGGAAAACUUAGCAGGCCGGAGCUCGGGUCUAUGAUGCGGAAGCUUCUGAACACGAUGUCUGCCGACGACAUCGAGAAGAUGAUGGAGAAGGCCGACACGGACUACAGCCAUUCGAUUGGCUAUGACGAGUUUGUCACCUGGCUCAACUCCGAGCAUCACGACAGAGUCAUGAAGAUCUUGAACACCGAGGCCGACCUGGUGAAAGCGACUUUUCGCCUCUGGGACAAGAACGGUGAUGGCUUAGUGAAGAACAAGGACCUGAUCAGAAUUCUUGAAAAGUCCUGCGACUCCAUGACGCCGAAGCAGCUGAAAGCUCUGGUUGAUACCAUCGAUGCCUCAGAUGACGGCGAGGUGGACUAUGAUGAGUUCGUUGAUUUCGUGUUCACCUGA